AAGAGCUCCAUUUUAUGGAAGGAUGCUGUGGACCGCUCACAAAACCUACUCUCCCCAGCUGAGCAAGAAGCAUAUGGGAAGUGUGAACCUAAGGACAUCCUGAUGGAUUUUCAAUCAUAUAUGCUUCAACAGGUUCAUUUGAACAAGUUCCAUGUCUUCUGCGAGCAGAUAGAUCCUCUCCUGGCUAUCAUUGAGUGCCUUGGAAGAUCCAUGAGUAUCGCGGCAGAUAUGCUCUCACCAAUCUGGGUUUCUAUCCGUAUCAUCUUCCAGAUCACGAGAGGCUACAGAGCGUGUUUCAAACAGAUCUUGGCCCUGUUACAACGCAUCGGGCAAUCAUUACCAAGGUUUCUAAUUUACGAACAUCUAUUCCCUAAGCAUGAACCUAUUCAAAUCGCUAUACUUUCCAUAUACGUUGCUGUCAUCAACCUCCUUGCGUCCGUCCGAGCUGUUGCUGAAAAGUCGACGUUUCGGCUGGUAUUUUGUGUCUUCUUGAAUCCUUGGGAGAAAAAGUCCAGUGAAUGCAUAUCUCAUAUCAGUGAUCAGAGCGAGCUAGUCGAGCGCGAAGCCAACGUGGCGCAUUUGCAGGAAGAGGCUCGGACAAGGGCCGAAGUGAGGCGUAUCCAGGCCAAAGAUUCGCUAGACAAGGCGAAUAGAUGGCUGAACGCUCGACAGUGCCAUGAGGCAAAAGACUCAAUCUGCCUUACUCAAGGCAUGUGUCAAUGGAUACUCUCCCGGCCGGAACUUUCCCAAUGGAUCUCAGAUGACAACACUCAAUUAUUCUGGAUCGAGGGACCUCCAGGCUGUGGAAAGUCAACACUGUAUACUAAGAUAGUCGACUAUCUGGAUUCAAACUCAGAGAGAGCUUGCGCUUAUUUCCUUUUUUGUGGCGCAGACCGAGAGCGGGUGCAACUAUCUGCUCUCCUAAGGUCAUGGACUUCUCAGUUGUCCAAUACCUCAACCGAAACUCGAGAAUACUUAAUCGAGACAUACUCCAGAAGCGACAACCAUCAGGCUUCUAAAACAGAAAUAGAAGACCUAUUCUUUUCCUUUCUGGAUAUUUUACCCCCCUUGUAUCUUACAUUCGAUGCAUUUGACGAGUGCAUAGAACGUGAUGAGUUUGCAAGAGUCCUACAAUCAAUUCCUCAACGUCAUAAAAUACUCAUCACGACGCGCCAAUGCUAUUAUGGCAAGCAGGUAUCCGAUGUGAAAUCAAUUUCGUUGGAAAUAAAACCUGCGAUGACAAAGGAGGAUAUUCAAAAGUAUAUUCUGUCAGAAACAGAAACCAUGAAGAGGGAGUUUGAACCCCAGACCGUGGCUCUAAUACGGAAUCGCCUCUCCAUGUCCAAUGGGAUGUUCCUAUGGGUCAAGCUUAUGGUGCAACAUAUCAGAGACCAAACGACGAAUGAGGAGUUGAUGCACUGCCUAAGCGAACCUCAACUCCCGGCCAGUUUGUCAGAGCACUAUGACCGCAUCAUGAAUAGCAUCAACCAAUUCCCACAGUCUCGCAGGUUACUUGCUCAUAAAAUACUUUUCUGGGUUGAUGUUGCACGUCGGCCUUUAAGAGCUGCUGAGCUGUUUCACCUACUCACUAUUUUGCCUUCUGCUGAUCGUGAGGGUGGGUAUCGACCGUCCCGGUAUCCUUCCGGAGACCCCGAGGCCACGAUUCUAUCCGUAUGUGGUUCUUUGAUCUCAUUACGCGGGAAGAGCAAAGUGUUAUACCCAAUCCACUUCACUGCCACUGAAUACAUUCGGCACUAUCUCAAGAAUAGCAAUACACUGAGUGAAUUGACGGUGUAUUACGAAACGCGCCAAAUCACUUCGGCAAAUGGUCUUGCGGCUGCAGUUUGUCUUCGCUACUUGUCACUUAAUAUUCCGGUAAAAUCACAGAGAAUUCUUUGUGAGUCUGCCGAUCAAGAUGUCGCAUGCUUUGGUGGUAUGUUAGUUGGAUAUACCAGAAAAUACUGGCAAGCCCAUUUGGAAGCCGCGGAUUCCAAGGAAGACCCACCAUUGCCCAGUCUUAUGGAACAACUGGAUUGCGAA